UAAGGGGUUUUGUGUCCAUUUUGUUUUCGUGGCUUCGUCUAGGGAUGGGCAUGGGUUUAGGGUUUAAAGUUUAACGGUUGAAGUUUGGGAAAACAGUUGCAGAAGUAGGAAAUCGUUCCUCUCGCGACUAGAAAGAACCAAAUGGAGCUGCAGUCGGUCUGUUCAUGGCGUCGACUGCCGAAAACUACAUUAUCAAAUCAUCGCUUUGGCUUAUCUCAAAUGGUGUCUGCACCCUGCUCUAUUUGGCGCGAACCUUCUGGAAGCUAUAUCAAAUGGAGAGAUGGGAGGGUUCGAUAUGGAAAAGCCUCAAAAUCAUGUAUGAUUCUUGGCUUCCAGAGAAGAAUCAGUUGCGUUCACUCUGCCAAAUCGGAUACAGGAGCUAUUUCCGGUACUUCAAAUUACGAUGUAAAUGCAAAAUUGAAGUCUUCGCGGAAGCGGAGUCCUCAUCUGCCUGCUGUAGCGUUUGAUCGCUUGGAGGGAUUCCGUGGAAAACCAGGCUCUGUUUCAUUUCAUGGGUUAACCUACGAGCUAGUUGAAGAGAAGAAGUUGGUUUCUUCCCCUUUCAAGGAUGACACUGGUUCUUUUGUUUGGGUUUUGGCUCCAGUGGCAUUGAUAUCAUCAUUGCUGCUUCCACAAUUUUUCCUGAGCAGCGCUUUUGAUGCUUUUCUAAAGGAUGAGAUCCUUGCAGAAAUUGUGGCCUCGUUUUUUUCGGACGUCAUGUUCUAUAUUGGUUUGGCUGCAUUCCUGCUAGUAGCUGAUCAUGUUCAGGGGCCAUAUCUCGAGUUCAGUUCAAAGAGGUGGGGUCUCAUCACAGGGCUUAGAGGAUACCUAACUUCUGCCUUCUUCACCAUGGGGUUCAAGAUCGUUGCACCUCUAUUAGCUGUCUAUGCAACUUGGCCAGUGUUAGGCUUACCAGCAUUGGUUGCAGUGGCCCCUUUUUUGAUUGGCUGUGCUGCUCAAUUUGCAUUUGAGGUGCAUCUAAAAAAUCGCAAUUCCUCAUGUUGGCCCUUAGUACCAAUCAUUUUUGAGGUUUAUAGACUCUAUCAAUUGACCAAAGCUGCUCACUUUAUUGAGAAAUUAAUCUUCUCUAUGAAGGACCCAUCUGUAUCCCCAAGACUGAUGGAGAGAAGUGGUGCCCUGGUUGCUUUGUUGGUAACUUUCCAGGUUCUUGGUUUAGUUUGCCUCUGGUCAUUAAUGACAUUUCUUAUAAGGCUCUUCCCAUCUAGACCUGUUGCUGAGAAUUAUUGAUUUAUGUAAUAGCUACUGUAUAUUCUCUGUAACUAUGUUGGGCACAAUCAAUUUUCCUC